AUGUGCAACGAGCGGGAGGUCACCUGCUGGAACUCGUGGUGCCGGCAUAUCGUCAAGCAGGGGGAGCUGCAGAAGCACCUCGAGGAGUGCGCCAAGAGGCAGCGCGCGCUCUGCUACAAGUGCGGCACGGAAGUGCUCGCCGCCGAACUCCAGAUGCACCGCGACACGUGCCAGCCGAAAGAGUGCCCGUCGUGCGGGGAGUUGUGCAUCACGCGUAUCAUGAAGUGGUGCCCCCACAACUUCACGCGUAUAAGCAUCACGAAUGGCCCCUUCGCAAAGGAGACGCUGAUGAAGCGCUACAUCAAGGACAACCAUGCAGCUGGCGGCAGCCACAAGGCCACAUCGGCCAUCACAUCCGCCAUGUCCCUGGGCCACAUUAAAUAUAACGUGGCGCGGAUGCAGCUGCUGUGGCGCUGGAUCAAGGCCAAGACCAUCGUGGAGGAGACGAUCUUUCGCGUGACGUUCAAGGAGAUGGACCUCAAGAAGGAGGGCUUUGCGAUAUUCAAGGCGCUCGACAAGGUGAGUGACUCGCAUGUUCUGGCACCAAAGCGGUCGCGCUCGGUCCUGCAGGCCCCUGUAGUGGCCCCCGCCAUCUCCUCACACUACUUCCCGACACGCAGUGGCGAGCCUAUCACUCUCGAUGUGGUGCAGCGGGUUAUUAAGGACAUACAGGAUCACGUGCUGCUGCCGUACCCCGCCGCCUGGCGUGUUUUUACCGAUGCGAUGAAUCACCUCAACGCGAUGCCGAACGUCGUGCGGCUCAGCCCACCAAUCGGCGCCCGUGUGACGAACGGGCGCGUCAAUCAAGGCUCCAAGGUCGUUGUUGUUGGUGACCUGCAUGGACAGCUGACGGAUCUUCUGCACAUCCUCAAGGAGUGCGGUAUGCCAAAUGAUGGCACGUACUACAUAUUCAACGGCGACUUCGUGGACCGUGGGGCGAAUGGGGUGGAGGUGCUGCUGAUUCUCUUCUCGCUCAUGCUUGCGUGCCCCAAGUACGUCACCCUCAACCGCGGCAACCACGAGUGUGACUACAUGAACGAUGAGUACGGCUUCGAUGUGGAGGUGAGCACCAAAUACGACCGCAACGUGUUCCGCCUGAUCCAGCGCUGCUUCUGCGCCCUCCCACUGGCGACGAUCAUCGGCACGAAGGUGUUCGUCGUGCACGGCGGCCUGCCGCGGCGCAAGGGCGUCACGAUCGAGGACAUCUCCCGCAUCCAGCGCUUCCGGCAGAUCCCGAUGCCGGACUACUCGCAGCCGGAGGAGGACGAGAUAUUCCAGGACCUGCUGUGGUCGGACCCCGUCGAGGGGCUGCACGGCUGGCGCGAGAGUCAGCGCGGCGCCGGCGUCGAGUUCGGCCCCGACCUCACGCACGAGUUCCUGCGCAACAACGCGCUUGAGGUGGUCAUCCGCUCGCACGAGGAAUGCCUGAGCGGCUACGAGGAGCACCACGACGGCAAACUCAUGACGGUCUUCUCCGCCAGCAACUACGACGGCCCCGACACGAACUACGGCAGCUUCGCCGUGCUCGUCGGCGACAACCCGGAUCCAUCCUUCCACACGUACCAGGUGGCCGAGGACGACGUCGAGAUGCAGGGCCUCGUCGACCUCACCGAGACAUUCACGCCGACGCUUUCACGUAUCUCGCCCAUCGCAGCGCCGCAGCAUGGCCGCUCAGCCAUGCGGCGGCGGGCGAAAGACGACGUGCUGCGCGUGCUGCGCGAGCGCAUCUACCAGCGGCGGCACCGCCUCAUGGCCUACUUCGCCAAGCUGGACCGCACACGCAAGGGGUCGGUGUGGAAGAUCGAGUGGGUCGAGGCGAUGCGGAACGUGCUCAAUUCCGACCUGCCGUGGUUCUUCCUCCGCAGCUACCUCGUCGCGGAGGACGACCACUCCCGCAUUUGGUACUACGGCUUCCUCGUCAAGUUUCACAACAUGCUGCAGCCACUUUGGCUUAACGACUGGGUGCAGAGUGCGCGCUACCGCCUCUCGCAGCAGCAGCGGGCAAACUACCGCUCGCAGUACGUUGCGACUGCCUUCAAAAAGGAGCAGGUCAACUACAAUGAGUUCUGCUCUGUCAUUCGCGCCAUCGACUACACCCCAAGCGAGGUGCAGCUGUUCCAGCUCUUUGUACACUUCGACGAGGGCGGCACGGGCUACAUCGACGGCCCCAAGUUCGCGCAGAUGCUCUCUGAGGCGGCGUCGCACCCCGUUAGCGACCCGCUGCGCUGGGACCUAGAGGCAAUGGAGCAGCUGCAGAGCGUCGUGAUACAGGGCCGCAGCCAGCUGCCGUUUCUCUUCCAUGUGAGCUCGCGCGAUCGCACGCUGUCGCGGGAGCGGUUCAUGUCGGGCCUUGAGCAGCUCGGCCGCGGCAUGCGCAAGCAGCUGACGCAGCCNCAGAAGGAGAAGAUAUACGACUGCAUAGCCGAACACGCGCCGCCGUCAGGCGUCAUGUUUGAACACUUCCUCUUCAUGACGGCGGUGUUCGACAACAGCACGAUGCCGCAGCGCUCCAUCGUGGACCUCAGCGAUGUGAACAUCGUGGCGUCCUUCCUGAAGAACCUUAGUUUCGCCUCGCAAACCAAAGACUGGGAGGGGCGAUAA